UAUUAACGACAUCGUCGGACGGUUGUUGCGAUAUCCGAAAAUGUCAAAAAUCGAAAGUGAAAAUAACAACACUAGUGUAGAUAAGAACGGUAAUGCUUGGGAGAAUGUCAUCGACAUCGAGGAAGAUACUAAAAAGUCGGCCGUCGAGGUCGUAGACAUUAGCCGCAGGGCUUUCGCUACCGGAAAAUCGAAAUCUUUGGAGUUUAGAAAGGAUCAAUUGAAACAACUUUUGACUUUCUUACAGAAAGAAAAAAAUAAAAUUAUUGAAGCUCUACAUAAAGAUUUACGUAAACAUAAACUAGAAACAGAAAUUUAUGAAAUAGAAAUUGUGGCAAACGAUAUAAGACAUUCUUUAAUUGAAUUAAAAAAUUGGGCAAAACCGAGCAAACCGGAAAAGAGGUUGAUAAAUAUUUUGGACGGCGUUUAUAUUUACAAAGAACCGUAUGGUGUUGUAUUGAUUAUAGGAGCGUGGAAUUAUCCAAUAUUGUUAACUUUAGGACCGGUUUUACAUGCUAUAUCAGCUGGAAAUACGAUCGUUUUAAAACCAUCGGAAAUAGCUCCACACACGGCAACUUUAUUGGCGACUGUGCUUACGAAAUAUUUAGAUAAAGAAUGCUUCCAAGUUUAUCUUGGUGCGGUUCAAGAAACUACCGAAUUGUUGGAUCAAAAAUUUGAUUACAUUUUCUUUACCGGUUCAACUGCUGUCGGUAGAAUCAUAUACAAAGCUGCGGCGAAGAAUUUAACACCGGUGACGCUAGAAUUAGGAGGCAAGAGCCCGGUUUAUCUCGACGAUAAUGUCGAUAUGGAGAGGGCGGCUAGAAGAAUUAUUUGGGGCAAAAUAGUGAACAGCGGACAAACUUGCAUAGCUCCGGAUUAUCUCCUAUGUACGAAAGCGACGGAAAAAAAAUUUUUACGAGAAGCUCAGAAGAUAUUAACGGAAUUCUACGGAUCGGAUCCGAAAAGAUCGACGUACAUUAGUAAAAUAGUGACGGAUAUGCAUUUCAAGAGGUUAUUGGAUUUUAUAAAAACGGAAAAUGUCGCGAUCGGCGGGAAAUUCAUCGAGGACGAAAGAUUGUUGGCUCCCACUAUUUUGAUCAACGUCAAUCCCGAUGAUUCCGUUAUGAGGGAAGAAAUUUUCGGGCCGAUUCUACCGAUAAUAAAUAUAAAAGAUGUAGAAGAAGCCAUCGAAUUUAUAAACGCUCGCGAAAAACCUUUAUCUCUCUACGUCUUCACUAAAGAUAAAAAUAUCAGGAAAACCAUUUUAGAAAGGACUUCUUCGGGUGGGGUUACAAUUAAUGAUACAAUCACGCAUGUGAUUACGGAAAAUUUGCCGUUCGGGGGCGUCGGGGGUAGCGGUAUGGGAUCUUACCACGGACAAGAAGGUUUCGAUACUUUUUCCCAUAAAAAAAGCGUUUUGAUAAAAGAUUUCAGCGGAUUUAGCGAAUUGGGUUUAUCUAUGCGGUAUCCGCCGUACAACGACGCCAAAGUUACUUUAUUGAACUGCAUAUUGAAAAAAAGAAAAAGUAUUCCAAAUUACGUGUUAAAAAAUGCGGGAUUAUUUUCUGCUGGAUUCAUUUUUUCCUAUUUCUUUCAAUACGUAUCUUGUCUUAUAAACGGAUGCGAAUAAUUAGUUUCCGAGGGACGAAAUUCAUUCCCUCGAUUGCAAUUUAGUUUCUGGAGCGUCCAAAUUUCGUUCCGGUCACUCAUUAGAUCAUAAUUAAAUGUUUUGUACGUCGCGAAAACCACGUCAACAAAAAGUGUGAAAGAAAAUAACCUUAAAUUCGAUAAACGAACUUUAACUAGUGAAAAAAUGCGAAUUUAUAUGAUACCUCGAAAAUACUCGGAUGUUUUUAUUGAUUACCUUAUCGUUUUAAAGCGUCGACGUCGAUUUUUUAAGCAUUUUUCAACACGAUAUUCAUUGUGACUGAUUUUUUGGCUAAAUACGAAACAAUAGUUAUCAUUCAGCCAACGUAUCUGCCAGAUAUGGUUCCCUUUUACUUUUUUCUAUAUGAAAAAUUCAAAAAAUCUCUUCUAAGCCACGAAUCACGAGGUUAAUAAAGUAAUUUCAUUAAGGUUCCGAAGUUUGUCUCAUACUAGUGUCGAUUGGUUCGAAAAUAGCCAAUUUUGAAAGCAAAUUUGGCAAAAAUGGCCUAGUAGAAUUAACUAUUUUAAUGCUACUUUCAAGUAUUAUCUUUUCAUCAGCUGUCUAUGUGGAAAUAAAAUUUUUAAAUCCCUCCAAACAUGCACGUCACUGUCUUUUUCUUUUCUAAGUAGUCGUAAUACAAUUUAUUUUUUUAUUAUUAUUAUUAAAAAUGAUCUAAUUUUCCAGAAAAUACGAAUUCACAAAUAAUUAACAACAAAAUGUGAAAAUUAUUUUCAUAUGCAAAUAUUUUGUGUGUAAACUUUUAGAUUAGAAUAAAGAGUUUCUUGCCUUUCAA